CAAAAAAAAAAAAAAAAAAAAAAAAAUCUAAAGAGGAGAAUUCUGGGUUUUGUCCAUUCGGAGCCCUAAUGAGUUCUGGCGAAUCGUCGGAAGCUACAAUGAUUCUCGGAUCAGAUUCAUCAUCUCAAGCUACAAUUUCAAGUACUAAGGAAGAUUCUAGAUCGCGAUUCAGACGGAGGCCGAUCUGGUUUUGGGAAGUAUCGGUCGGAUUCUGCCGUUCCGGCCGAAGGAUUUCACGUUCUCAAGCUACAGGAAGUUCCGAUCGAAGGAAGCAGGGCUUUACUUGCCUGAUCCAGCGCAUGGUAUCACCGUUGAUCGGAUCGCUCAGGUGGAUUUUCUGUCCUAUCGGCGGAGCUCAUGAAGGCAUUGCCCAUCGAGACGCCGUUCACAAGAUCUGCACGUGAGGAUGUCUGACAUUGGAGGAUUUUUUGAUGGACUACCAGAUUAUACAUUUAUUCUUGACGAAAUUCCGGAGGUUGAUUGGGAAUAUCUUGAUAUCCCUCCCUCUCCUAUAUGGCAAGAACUCGUCUCAAACGAGGUCGAUUUACCAUUAAUCGAUGACGUUCUGGACGGACCCGCGGAAACCAAAAUUGGACCCGAGUUUCUGAAUUCUGGGGAGCAGCUUCAGCUCGAGGCCUCCGAGCAGGCCUCUUACGAUGAAAAAAACGAUCUCAAAGCAAUGAAAACUUCGAGUUCUCUUACUCUCCUCGAAGGCCGGGAUUCAAAUUCAUCAGAUUUUCAAGGCCUAGCAGUAGCAGGAUGGCAAAAUACUGUCCCGAAACGUCUAAGAGGCAAGCGAAGGCGACAACAACAACCUCAAGUCCCAUCCUCUUCUUGUUCAUCGUCAUCUGAACCGGAAAACGAGUUCGACCACAUGAUUAGGAUGAAAAAACAUAAGGGAAAGGCUGUGGCCUAUCUCCUAGGUUCUGAAGACAGAACGGAUUACAUAUGCAGACACUGUAAAACGACGGAUACACCGCAAUGGAGGGAAGGGCCGUCUGGGCCUAAAACUCUAUGUAACGCUUGCGGGAUGCGUUUCAAGAAGGGUGGUCUCUGCCCGCAGUACCGCCCGGCCACAAGCCCUACUUUUAAUCCUCUUCAGCACUCGAAUUAUCACCGGAAGGUUAUACAACUCGCGACUAAUUUCUGGAAAGAGGGUGGGGGCUUGCCCAUGGCCUUUAGGAGCUAUGAUGUUGAAGGAAUUUAGGGUUUGUGAAAGAAUACCUGGUGGUUUGCGGAGGAAGUUAGGGUUUUUACGUCACAGUUAGGGUUUUGUUUUUACUUCAUACACACGUUACUAUUUUUUUUUUUUGAUAAACCACUCGUUACUAUUAUUCAUACAGAUGAACAACACACA